AUGAUGGAAUCAACAGCUCUCAGUGAGUGGCAGCAGCUCUACGCCAAUCACCAGGGCAUAGAUUUCGUUUGGGUGUCAUUCACCACAUACAUUGGCACCAACCUGGUCCGCAUAGUUCCUAUGCCAGCGUUCCAUCGACUAGUGGAAAGGAACCAAGGAAUCUCUGUUCCAAGAGUCAUUCUCCAUAUUCUCCCAUAUGAUAAUGUGGCAGACGGCGGGACUCUCACCGGGUCACUCUUUCUCCAACCCGAUCUGCGAUCGUUUUCACCCUUCAUGAAUUCCAACAAAGCCACUGUGAUGGCCUCAUGGACCAACCACCAAGGACAACCUUUGAACGAAUGCCCACGCUCUAAGCUGGAGUCAUUGACACACUCAAUUGAAGAGAAAUCACAAUGCUCCCUCCUAAUCGGAUUCGAGCUAGAAUUCACUCUCCUCCGUCAACGAACCCUACCCGACGGACUCAUGCAAUACGAAACAAUCAACCGCGAUCACUCAUGGUGCAGCAUGACCCGUGACGACGAGCUUCUACUCACCCUCCUAGAAGAAGCCACCCUCGCUCUACAACAAUCCGGAAUCAUGGUUCAACAAUUCCACGCAGAACUAGGUCCAGGACAAUGGGAAUUUGUUCUCCCCCCAAUCUCACCACUCAAAGCCGUCGAUACACUCCUCCUUGCGCGACAGAUUCUCAUGAAAGUUGCAAAUAAGCACGGAUAUCGAGCGACUCUUCACCCGCGAUUGUCGCCCGGGCAGGCCGGAACCGGAGCUCAUGUUCAUAUAUCGCUUAAUUCGGAGACAGCGGACUCGGACUUAUCGAUGGUGGAAUCGUUUUUCGCUGGGAUCUUGGACCAUUUCACGGCCAUUUCUGCUUUUACGCUUCCACAGGAAAUCAGUUAUGAUCGGGUUGUUGGGGGCAUUGGGAGCGGGGGGGAUUAUGUGUGCUGGGGAUGGGAGAAUAAGGAGACGAUCUUGCGGCGGGUUUCUAGGGAGCGAUUUGAAGUUAAGAUGAUGGAUGGGCUAGCGAAUCCUUAUUUAGGGGUUUGUGCGGUGUUUGCAGCGGGGCUGGAUGGGUUGCGUCGAGGGUCGGUUUUGACGGCAGGUCCGUGUACUGUUGAACCAUACAAGAUGUCGGGUCAGGAACGAGAGGCCUUGGGGAUUAAGGCGAAGAUGCCUGGUGAGUUGGCUGAGAGUCUUAAAUAUUUGGAGGCAGAUGAAGGACUGAAGAGUAUUCUGGGUGACGCCCUAGUGUCGACGUAUCUUGAUGUCAAGACAUGCGAGAUGAAGGUUGUACGACAGAUGACAUCUGAAGAGAAGCGUACAUGGUUUAUUACGAAGUAUUAG